AAUCUGCGGCCUCGGCAGCAGGAAGCAGGAAGCGCCGGGCGGAGGCAGGAGCAGCCGGGCCUGAGCGUGGAUGGGGGAUUUUUCACUGGUGGCCAUGGAGCUUUCUGCCAGCGAACCCAGCAUUUAUGACAAGCUAUCGGAGACCAUUGACCUGGUGAGGCAGACUGGACACCAAUGUGGAAUGUCAGAAAAAGCCAUUGAGAAGUUUGUCAAGCAGCUCUUGGAAAAGAAUGAGCCCCAAAGGGGACCCCCCCGGUAUCCUCUCUUGAUGGCUCUCUACAAGGGCCUGCUUACCCUGGGCUUAAUCUUGCUAACUGCGUACUUCGUGAUGCAGCCGUAUAGCCCUUCGCCACCUGAAACCACGCUCUCCAGAACCCAUGCCUGGGGCUUCCUCGUCGGUCACAUCCGGCUGCUGUCUUUGCCUAUUGCCAAGAAGUACAUGCUGGAGAAGUGCCAUGACUGGCGGGGACUAGACUGCAGGCAGAAUGGUUCUGAGAUUCCUGCCAACUGCUCUUGCUGCGCUGCCAUUCAAAGCCUUCAGGUAGUGACUGACCUAGGACAAUUAUCAGAAAACCUCCAGAGGCCUCAGCCCCUCUUAAUCAAGACAGGGCAGCAUCUGUCUUAUGAUGAACUGAAGCAUUUUCAGUCCCAGUACCCGGAAUUGACAGAGAUCACAAUAGAAGAGAAUUCAGCUGAACUCUGGCGCUGCCUUCCAAGACAGAUGUUUCCAUUUGCCCUCCCCUGGUACAAAGCCCUGAAUAAAACUCAGAUUCUCCAGGAACUUUUCCCUGCCUUGUCUUUGCUGGCAUUCCCAAAGGCAAUCUCCCUGGAAAGCUGCUUUCUCAUUCGCAACCCAGAGUUAGGGAAUAAGACCCACAGACUGCACAGCAUGUUUGCUAUUGGAAGCGGCCAGCUAACCCUGAAUAUUGCACCUUACACUGAGUGCAGAGGACACUGCAGGACUCUGUCGGUGGAGCUGGAAGCUGGGGAUUUUGGCUAUGCCAGCGCGGAUUACUGGAAGAUGAGCUUUAACUCCAGAGGAGCAGAGCCCAUAGUCAUUUGCGAUGGAUCCGCUAGCUAAGAACUGUGGGAGAGCUGGAGUCCACUCCAAUGCGAGAAGAAUGUGCAAGGGGCACAAGGAGAUGGGCGUAUAAAAGCGACGAAGCUGAAACAUCCGGGGAAGCAGCUUUGCCCACCCUGCCCACAGUGUGGGAGGCCUUGUGUUUCAAGCAACCGUUUCCCUGACCUCCGAGGUAAUACUUCCCCUCCUCAGACGUACCUAAGGAGAGAGGCAG